AUAAAAAGCUGUAUAUGGUACUUGAUGAGUUUCAAAUUGGACCCCAAGUCAUUUGGGGAUUGAAAUCUCUCUUGUAAAGACACUCUGGUUUACAUCAGUGCAGAGGGAAUGGUUUGGAUUUAAUAUGAAGUGAUUUAGUUCUUUAUGCUAAUUAAUCUCCAAACCAAAAAAAGUAUUGCUAAAGUGUAGAGGAUCCUUGAAGAUGAGCCUAUUAGGUCUAUAUCCCCUGUCCCUUUUGUUGCUUUCUCAAAGGAUUCAACUUGUUCAAGGCCAAUGUAUCAGUGGCCAAUUUCAGUGUGCCAAUGGCCAGUGCAUUGACUCCGACUGGAGGUGUGAUGGAAUCCAGGACUGCACAGAUGACACUGAUGAGCUUAACUGUUCGCCUCCAUCUUGUAACUCCCAGCAGUUUAAGUGUCUGACAGGGAGUGAGUGUAUCCCCCUCCAGUUUGUCUGUGAUGGGGAGGAGGAUUGCAAUGACGGCUCUGAUGAACAGAGAGCCUGUGGAACACAGACUUGUGGACCACACCAGUUCACGUGCCAUGAGGGCCAGUGUAUACCCAAAGCUUACCAGUGUGACCAUUUGAUGGAUUGCUUGGACAACUCAGACGAGAAAAACUGCAACUACCCUACCUGCAAUGAGAAAACAUGUGCUAAUGGGGCUUGUUACAACAACUCACAACACUGCAAUGGGCUGCCGGACUGUCGGGACGGCUCAGAUGAAUCCAACUGCACAACACAGCACUGUUCCCUGCACCAAUUCCAGUGCACUAAUGGCUACUGUAUCCCAACGUCCUUUGUCUGUGACCACUGGAAUGACUGUGGGGACAACAGUGAUGAGCACAGCUGUGUGUAUCCCAGCUGCAGUGGAACCCAGUUCACCUGUCCCAGUGGCCUCUGCAUCCCUCAGGACUGGGUCUGUGAUAAGUUCAACGAUUGCGGGGACUAUAGCGAUGAGAAAGGAUGCGAUAGUAACUCCCGAGACUGUUACCCUGGUGAGUGGGCAUGUCCAGACUCCCCCAUGUGUGUGCCGGUUGACAAGGUGUGCGACGGCAAACCUGACUGCCCCGGCGGAACCGAUGAGACCGACGCUGCCACAAAGCAAACCUGCAGCCUGGACAGGUGUUCAGCACUGAGCUGUGUGUACAUGUGUCACCUGACCCCACAGGGCGGGGCCUGCUUCUGCCCAGAUGGCUUCAUCGUGGCCAAUGACAGCCGCUCCUGCGUGGAUUAUGAUGACUGUGACAUAUGGGGGAUCUGUGACCAGCUGUGCGAGGACCGCCCAGGGACCCAUCACUGCAGCUGUGCAGAUGGAUACUUCCUGGAACAGGGCAACCACUGCAGGGCCAACAUCUCAGCUGGGCUGCCUCAGCUCAUUUUUACCAACGGUGGCGAUGUGAUGAUGGCGGACAUUCACGGGCGCUUCGUCAGAACUUUGGUCCCUUCUCAGGGCAGAGGUCGCUCUGUGGGAGUGGGGUACCAUUGGAACAGUCAGACGGUCUUCUGGACAGACACUAACUCCCAGAAGGUGUACUCUGCUAACUUUGACGGAGGCGACAUCAAGGAUGUGCUGACUCAGGCCGUCCGCAGUGCCGAGAACAUCGCUGUAGACUGGAUCAACUUAAAGCUCUACGUGCUGGAGACCACGGUGGAGCGCAUAGACAUGUGUGACUUUGAUGGAGAUAACCGGGUCACUCUUGUGGCCGAGAACCUGUUGACUCCCCAUGGACUGGCUCUGGACCCCACUGUUGGGUAUAUGUUCUUCACUGACCUGGGCUACGUCCGUGAGGACAUGAAACUGGAGAGGGCCUAUAUGGACGGGAGUAACCGCGUGGAGCUUGUGAAGACCCGGCUGGGGAUGCCGACUGGCAUCACCUUGGAUAUCGUCACGCAGAGGGUCUACUGGUCAGACAGCCACUUCGACAUGGUGGAGACAGUCACCUACAAUGGUCUAGAGAGGAAAACGGUGCUUAACGGCGGCACCCAGGUUCCGUACCCAUUUGGCAUUUCCGUCUUUGAGAACCACGUCUUCUUCACCGACUGGAAUAAGAUGGGAGUUAUACGAACCAACCGCUUCAAUGGAAGCGACCCAACCCUUAUAUACCGCACCGCAAAUACACCCGGUCACAUUGUGGUUGCACACCCAGUCCUGCAGCCUAUGGUGAUGAGUCCGUGUGGUCGGCACAAUGGGGGAUGUCAACACAUCUGCGUCUUGAGCCACCGCACUGACAAUGACGGCCUGGGCUUCCGCUGCAAGUGUCGCCUGGGUUACGACCUUCACGAAGACGGCCGCAGCUGCUUCAAGGUGAGAAACUACCUCUUGCUCGCCACUGAAUACGCGGUGCGAGGGAUCCCCCUGAAUGUGUCCCUCCAGGAGGAUGUAACCCUGCCACUGACCGGUCUGGCUCCCACCUUCUCCUGCUCGGCUGUGGAGUUUGACGGCAACGAAGAGGUGGUGUUCUACAACGACCGGAGCAGGCAGAUCGUAUACAAGUCCAACAUCAACGGCUCCAACACACAAAUACUGACCGGCUACAGGGUAGGUCAUGCGGAGGCCAUGGCGUACGACUGGACGUCCAAGGUCCUCUUCUGGACUUCCAGCAACUAUCGGGUGGUGGUGGCCUUUGGUGUGAACGACAAGUCAAGACGUGACAUUGUGACAGAUCUGAAGAACCCAAGAGGUCUUGCUAUACACCCCAGUGAAGGAUACCUGUUCUGGUCUGACUGGUACCGGCCUGCAGUGAUUAUGCGGUCCUGGACUGAUGGCAGCAACGCUGUUCCCCUCAUUAACACCACUCUGGGCUGGCCUAAUGGACUUGCAAUUGACUACAAGAACAACAGGCUGUAUUGGGUGGACGCCCUUCUAGACCAGAUAGGCCACGUAGACAUCAACGGUUAUGACAGACAGAUGUUCUCCUACAUCGGACAGAUCACACAGCCCUUCUCCCUCACCAUCCAAGCAGAGUACCUGUUUGUGUCAGACACAAGGACCAGGUCAGUGUUCCGGAUGCAGAAGAGGGAUGGAGGGGAAAUUAUCCCAAUCCGAAAGGGAAUCUCUGGAAUCCUAAAUGUCAAGGCUUACACAGCUGACCUUCAUGGCAUGUACAACAGCCAGUGCAACAUGGUCCCCAACGGCCACUGCAGCCACUUCUGCUUCCCCGCACCCUCGUCCAGCCGCGUGUGUGGUUGCCCGUACGGCAUGAAGCUCCAGCCCAACCAGAGGGAUUGUGUGAAGGACGACUCGGUCCCCCCCGUAGACACCAAUUGCGGGGAAUACUCUUUCCUCUGUGACGUGGACCGCUGUCAUCCAAACUCCUUCUGGUGCGACGGCAUCAAAGACUGCCUGGAUCAGACGGAUGAGGCCAACUGCACCGAUAUAGGCAUGACAUGCUCCCCACAUGCCUUCACCUGCGACAACAAACACUGCAUCAUGCCUGGCUGGCGUUGCGACGGCCAUGACGACUGUGGUGACUACUCAGACGAAGUCAACUGCCCAACGCGUCUGCCGUUCACCUGCAGUCCGGAGCAGUUCCCCUGCACCGACGGCAGCAGAUGCAUCCCAAAAGCCUGGACGUGUGACGCCGACAAGGACUGUAGCGAUGGCUCAGACGAAAGGGACUGCAAUGGGACCAUUAGCACGUGUCAGCCUGGGUACUUCUUCUGUCCUGACCACCGCUGCAUCUAUAGCUCCUAUGUGUGUGAUGGAGACCAGGACUGUAUGGACGGCUCUGAUGAGAAGGAUUGCGAGUUCUCCUGUUCCUCCAGUGAGUUUGCCUGUGUCGCGGGUGACCAGUGUGUUCAAAGCGCCUACCGUUGUGACGGAGUCUACGACUGCAGGGACCACUCCGAUGAGAACGGCUGUCCCACGCGAGGACCUGGCCUCUGCCACGACAAUGAGUUCCAGUGCCAGAUGGACGGCCUGUGCCUGCCCGGCGAGUGGGAGUGCGAUGGGCACAGAGACUGCGAGGACGGCUCAGAUGAACACAACUCGUGCCCCACUAUCACCUGCCAAACUAACUACUUCCAGUGCGCCAACGGCAACUGUAUCUCCCCGAGCUGGGUGUGCGAUGGUGACAACGACUGCAGGGACAUGAGCGACGAGCAGAACUGCCCCACCCCUCCAUUCACUUGCGCCUCAGGCCAGUGGCUGUGUCCCACUGACCAGGUGUGCAUUGCCCUGGGGAAGGUGUGCGAUGGACAGAGGGACUGCCCCAACGGAGCUGACGAGUCACCCCUCUGCAAUGAGGAGGACUGUUCGCUGAACAACGGGGGCUGUAGCGACGGCUGUAUCCAAGGUCCUUUCGGGUCCGAGUGUACUUGUCCGCCAGGCUACCAGCUCCUAAACGACUCCAAGACCUGUGAUGACAUCGACGAGUGUUCCAUCCCGGGUUGGUGUAGUCAGCAGUGCUACAACGAGAGAGGCUCCUUCCGAUGCUCCUGCUCAGAUGGCUACCUACUGGAGCCCGAUGGUCGUACCUGCAAAGCCGCAGAUUCCGCAGCGGCCACGCUCCUAGUUACCAAGCGCAGUCAGAUCAUCUCCAGCAAAGUCAACCUCCGGCCACCCCUCAUCCACCCUGUGGUUAGCGGUUCAGAUAUAGUGACCGUGGACUUUGACCACUUGACAGACAGGAUCUACUGGGCCGACACCUCUUUAAAGAAGAUCUAUACCUCCUUUCUGAAUGGCACAGACAUACGAGAGGUGUUCUCCACUGGUCUAGUGGUACCAGAGAGCAUAGCUGUGGACUGGGUGGGGAGAAACCUUUACUGGACUGACUCAGUGAUGGAGAACAUCGAGGUGUCCACCCUAGAUGGUCACUUUAGGAAGGUUCUUCUCACCAAGAAUGUCACCAGACCCCGUGGACUGGCUCUGGACCCCCGGACCCAGACCAACCUAAUGUUUUGGUCGGACUGGGGUCAGAACCCGAGGAUAGAGAGGGCCUUCAUGGAUGGCAGCGGGAGGCAGGCCAUCGUAACCACCAAACUCUACUGGCCCAAUGGUCUGGCCCUAGACUACAGCACACGACGUGUCUACUUUGCGGACGCCUACCUGAAGUACAUUGACUACUGCGACUACAACGGCAACAACCGCUUCCAGGUCAUGGCCAGUGAUGCGGUUCUCCAGCACCCCCACAGCAUGACUAUCUUCGAGGAUCAGAUCUACUGGUCGGAGCGCUACACCUCCCAGAUCCUAAGGACCAACAAGUUCCACGGGGGCAACACAACCACCGUUAUGACCAGUGUCAACCAGCCCAUGGGCAUUGUCAUGGACCACCCCAUCAAACAACCUGCUGUGGUCAACCCUUGUGCAGAGCACCUGUGUGGUCAGCUGUGCCUCCUGUCGGGCCUGAGGCCCCGGUUCUACAACUGCCACUGUCAGGCUGGGUGGAAGCUCAGCACUGAUGGACACACCUGCACAAAAGAUGACUCUCCAUUCCUGAUGGUGGUGAAAGAGACAGUGAUUUUGGGCAUCCCUCUGGAUCCGGCCAACCCCUCCAACAAUGCCAUGCUGCCUGUGUCCGGCAUUACACAGGGAAAGGACAUCGACUUUGACGACCAAGAGCAGUUUGUCUAUUGGGUACAGGGAUCGAACUCCAUAUACAGGGUGAAAACAGAUGGAACCAAUAGGACUCAGUUUGCUCCAUCUUCAAUCCUUGGCUCGCCCUCCGGUUUGGCUUUUGAUUGGAUAACACGCAUGAUGUACUACACUAAUCCAACCAACAAAGCUAUAGAGGUCAUUCGUGUGGAUGGAGACCAGCACUACAGAAAGACUCUGAUCACUGACACAGGGAAGCCUGAGGGAGCCGGAGAGCCUAUAGGAUUAGCCCUGGACCCAGCUAAUGGUAAGUUGUUCUGGACAGACCGGGGGACCAACGGGGGCGUUCCUCCGAAAGUUGCCAGUGCUGACAUGGAUGGAGGCAACCUGAGGAACCUGUACACCACCAACCUAGAAAACAUCGGCUUCAUCACCAUCGACAUCACCACGAGAAAGUUGUACUGGGGCGUGGUUAGCACAGGAGUGAUUGAGUGCGGCACGGUGGACGGGGUCAGCAGAACGACCAUAGUGAGCCAGCUGUCCCAGCCUUGGGGCCUCACAGUGCACCAGAACUAUCUCUACUACAGCGACCUGGACUACGAGGUCAUCGAGAGGGUGGACAAGGACACUGGCGGCAACAUGGUGCUGCUGAGGAGUGGCAUAACCGGGGUCCGUGCCGUCAAAGUUCACGCCCGAGACGACUCGGCUGGCACUACCAACGGCUGCAGCACCAGCAACGGCGGCUGUCCCCACCUGUGUCUGCCCAAGCCUGGGGGACAGAAGACAUGUGCCUGCACCACAGGCUUCGUGCUUUCCCAGGAUGGCACCACCUGUAUGCAGUACGACUCCUACGCCGUGGUCUCCACCCCUAAACUCAUCCGAGGCUUCCAUAUCAACAGCUCCGACCACUCAGAGGCAAUGGUGCCUGUUGCCGGAAACUCCUACUCUGAGAUAGGCAACUUGGAUCUUCACAUCGCCUCUGGGUAUAUCUACUGGAUGGACAACAGCACCUGGAGUGCCUACCGGGGGAUCUUCAGGGCCCAGACCAACGGAGGAGGCUUCAGCCACGUCAUCAACCAGGGCAUCGGCCUAGGGGGUGUACAUGGCAUAGCCGUAGACUGGAUUGCAGGAAACCUUUACUUCACCAACGCCUUCGGUUCCCAGACCUACUUGGAGGUGACCCGCCUCGAAACUCCCUACCGCACCAUCCUCCUCAAGUGUACAGAGGAUCGGCCCAGUGACCUAGCCGUCAGCCCCAAACUGCGCUUCCUAUUCUGGGCCGAUGGAGGCCAGAAUCCCAAAAUCGAACGUGCACAGCUAGAUGGUAGCAACCGUACUGUGUUAGCCUCCGAGAGCCUGGCAUCUCCACGUGGCCUCACCGUGGACUACACCAACGAUGUCCUGUACUGGGCCGAUGAAGGGCUGGAUAUGAUAUCGCGCAUGGCGCCCGAUGGAACGCAAAGGCAGAUUGUCCGGUACGGGAGUCGAUACCCGGCACCGUACGGAUUGUCAAUAUUUGGGAAUUCUAUGUUGUGGGUGGAUAGGAAGCUCGGAAAGCUUUUCCAGGCCAGCAAGGAUCCUGCGAAUACCACUCAGCCAGAGGUCAUCCGCAACGGUGUCGACGGGCUCACGGACGUGGUGGUCUUCGACUCCCAUGUGCAGCCCACGGCUGCCAACCUGGUGGGCUUCAACCCUUGCCAAGAGGACAACGGGCGCUGCCAGCAGCUCUGCUUUGCCUUGCCCGAGCAGGAGAAACCCACGUGCGCCUGCGCCCACGGCUCGCUCCUCAGCAAUGGCGUCACGUGCGGCUAUGGUCUGGAUGAAUUCCUAGUGUUCACCACCGACAACUCUCUGGACAGUUUACGUUUAGACCCUGCAGAUCACUCUGUCCCCUACCCAACUGUCAGCCUGGACUUCAGUGUGGUGGCGCUGGAUUUCGACUUUGCAGACAAGAGGAUCUUUUUCACUCAGUAUAUGGGGACAGGUCGAAGCAGGAUAGGCUAUGUGAUCACCACGGUGUCCGCCGCUCCUGUCAUCCUCGCCAACAAUUUAAAUGAUCCAGAGGGGCUGGCCUAUGACUGGAUCCACAAGCGCCUCUACUUCACAGAUUACUACGAUAAGAGUGUCCAGGCCAUUGGAGUAGAUGGGCAGAACCGCUCUCUCAUAGCCCAUGCCAACCGCCCUCGUGGCAUCAUUGUGGACCCCUGCUACGGCUACCUUUACUGGACAGACUGGGGCAGCCCUGCUAAGAUAGAGAGGUCUACACUGGGUGGGAACUUCCGGGUGCCAGUCAUCAACACGGGUCUGUCCCAGCCCAAUGGCCUCUCUAUCGACUACCAGGAGAGAAUGCUCUACUGGACCGACUCGUCCCUAGAUAAGAUUGAGCGCUCCAGCCUGACCGGGGAGAACCGCCAGGUGAUCUUGUCCGGGCUCCAGUACCCAUACUCCAUGACCGUCUUCCAGCAGGACAUAUACUGGACUGACUGGACAGCUCGCUCGGUCUACCGUGCCGGGAAGGAUGACGGGUCAGGCUUCACUGUCCUGGCCCAGGAACUGCAGUACAAGCCCAAUGACGUCCACGUGUACGCCAGUUCCAAACAGGAGGCUUGCUCAAGCCCGUGUCAGCAGUACAACGGCGGCUGUAGUCAUGUCUGCGUGCCAGGCCCGUCUGGUCCGGAGUGUCAGUGUCCCUCAACAGGUAGCUGGUACCUGGCCAAUAACGGCAAGGACUGUAUUCAUGACAGCGGUGACCGUUGCAAGCCGGACCAGUUCACCUGCCUGAACGGUGGCUGCAUCUCGGCGCGUUGGAAGUGCGACGGCUACAGCGACUGCCAGGACGGCUCAGACGAGCUGGAGAGAGUCUGUGCCUUCCAUGUGUGCUCGGCCCAGGACUUCACCUGUGACAACGGCCGCUGUGUGCCCGUGUCCUACGCGUGCGACUACACCGACGACUGUGGCGACAACAGUGACGAGCUGGGCUGCCCGUUCCCCACCUGCGCCCCCGACACCGAGUUCACCUGCACCAACGGGCGCUGCAUCUCGGCCGCCUUCGUCUGCAACGGCUUCAACGACUGCCGCGACAACGGCACCUCGGACGAGAUCAACUGCCCGCCAAGGACAUGUCCAUCGGGACAGACCAAGUGUGACAGCACCAACAUCUGCAUCUACCCUGACCAACUGUGCGACGGCUUCAACAACUGUGGAGACAACAGUGACGAGAACGCUCUGUUCUGCGAGGGACGGACGUGCUCCCCGGACCAGUUCCAGUGUGACCAGGGGAAGUGUAUACCCAGCCACUGGGUGUGUGACUGGAUCAAAGACUGCGCCGAUGGUACUGACGAGCCCCCCUCCUGCCAGGAGCAGAUAAACACCUGUCACCCUGACCAGUUCACCUGUACAAACGGCAACUGUAUCCCCUCGUCACUGACCUGUGACGGCAACAACGACUGUUGGGACAACAGCGACGAGAAACCAGAGCUUCAAUGCGGAGAGCGGACAUGUGCUUCCCAUCAGUUCACCUGCCCUCCUCCAUGGCGCCCAGGCCACCCUCGAUGCAUCCCCCUGAGCUUCGUGUGCGACGGGGAUAAGGACUGUGCCGACGCAGCCGACGAGCUGCAGAACUGCCCCAACCGCACCUGCCACAUGAACGAGUUCACCUGCGCCAACGGCCUGUGUAUCCACGUCCCCUUCCACUGUGACAGGGUCAACGACUGUGGAGAUGGCAGUGACGAGCUGGGCUGUUCCUAUGACCCCUGCGACAGCCACCAGUUCACCUGCCAAAACGGCGCCUGCAUCCCAGCCUCCUUUGCGUGCGACGGGGCCGCCGACUGCUUGGAUGGUUCCGACGAGGCGGAGAGCGUGUGCAGCACUCCCCAGGCCACCUGUGCGCCGACGGAGUACCUGUGCAAAUCAGGAGAGUGUAUCGACAACCACAAGGUCUGCAAUUCACAGAACGAUUGCACGGACAGCAGCGACGAGAAGGGAUGCGGAAUUAACGAAUGCAGCGACCCGUCUGUCCACAAAUGUGCCCAGUUAUGCACCGACACGCAGACGGGUUACUACUGCUCGUGCCUCGCCGGAUACAGCCUCAUGCCCGACGGCAAGGCGUGCGCCGACAUUGACGAGUGUAGCGACACGCCCGCUGUCUGCAGUCAAAUCUGCGACAACUCGGCGGGUUCCUUCCACUGCAAAUGCGCCCCGGGGUACCUGCGCGAGCCAGACCAGCGCGGGUGCCGCCAGAACAGCGGCAUCGUCCCUUACCUGCUGUACAGCAAUCGUUAUUACAUCCGUAAUCUGACCACGGACGGGACGCAGCUGAGCGUGGUUCUGCAGGGGCUGACGGACGCGGUGGCGCUGGAUUUCGAUCAUUACGAAAAGAGGCUUUACUGGCUGGAUGCGGGACUCGGUCAGAUCGAGAGGAUGCGAUUCGAUGGCAGUGAGAGGGAGACGAUUGUGAAUGACAACCUGGUAGGGGCUGAGGGGCUGGCCUUGGAUUGGGUUGGCAGGAAACUGUACUGGGUGGAGAGUUAUUACGGCGCUCUCCACGUGUCUGAGCUGGAUGGACGUUUCCAGAAGAAACUGCUGAGUGGUUGCAUGGGGCCUAAUUCCACCUACUGUUUUGUCCAGCCCCGUGCUGUGGCCCUUAACCCCAAAUACGGCUGGCUGUACUGGACAGAUUGGGGCUCCACAGCCUACAUCGGCAGGGUUGGCAUGGAUGGCACCAACGCCACUGCCCUCAUCACCACCAAACUGGAAUGGCCCAGUGCCCUGACUAUUGACUACACCACCAACAAGAUCUUCUUCGCAGACUCCCACCUCAACUUUCUAGAUUUUGCUGAUAUGGAUGGGAGUAACCGCCACCGGGCCAUAGCGGGCUCCCUGCCACACCCUUACGCAGUCACCCUGUUUGAAGAUUGGGUCUACUGGACCGACCGGAACACUCACACAGUUGAGAAGGCCCACAAGUACACAGGUGCCAGCCGCGUCGUCAUGGGCAACAACACCCACCGGCCGACCGACAUCCAUGUGUACCAUCCCUACAGGCAGCCCUCCAGCAACAACCCUUGCACCACACACCACACGACCUGCAGCCACCUAUGUCUUAUUGGCCCCGGUGGGACCAGCGCUUCAUGUGAGUGUCCGGACCACUUCAUUGGCCUGUCUGUGGGCUUCCAGUUCCAGUGCGUGGCCGACUGCUCCAGCACCCAGUUCCGCUGUGGAGACAAUGAGAAGUGUAUAUCCAUCUGGUGGAAGUGCGAUGGCCAGUCCGACUGUGGUGACGGAUCGGACGAGCCGCUCACAUGCCCGCCUCGCUACUGUUCCAUUGGCCAGUUCCAGUGCCAGGACGGGAACUGUACACAUCCUGCCUACCUGUGUGACAAACACUCAGACUGCCCCGACGGUUCUGAUGAGGACGCCGCCCUCUGCAGUGACCACAGGUGUGCUGAGAAUGAGUUCCAGUGUAAAAACAAACAAUGCAUUCCUGUGUCCUGGCACUGUGACGGCUUCAGCGACUGCACUGAUGGGACUGAUGAAGACAUGGAGGCCUGUGCCCAGAAGACGUGCCGACCAGGACAGUUCACUUGUGCCAACGGACACUGUAUCCAGCCCCAAUACGUGUGUGAUGUUGACAAUGACUGUGGAGACUGGUCAGAUGAGCCGCAUUGGAUCUGUGUUGGGCCAGAACAUAAGUGCGAUGAGCUUACAGAGUUCUCCUGUAUUUCUGACUACCGCUGUAUCCCAGCCUGGGCUGUUUGUGACGGCACCAAUGACUGCAUUGACAGCAGCGACGAGCGGAAUUGUGAGGCGUUGACCUGUGACCCACUGGGAGACUUCCGCUGUGACAACCACCUCUGUGUGCCCAUCCGCUGGAAGUGUGACGGCAGCAAUGACUGUGGAGAUGGCUCUGAUGAGAGGAACUGCGUGCCCAGGCCGUGUUCGGAGAGUGAGUAUCGAUGUGACAACCAGCAGUGCAUACCAGGAAAAUGGGUGUGUGACCAUGACAACAAUUGUGGAGACAACUCGGACGAGCGCGACUGUGAGUUGCAGACGUGUCUUCCUGGGUAUUUCCAGUGCUUGUCAGGGCACUGCAUUCCCGCUGCUCUGAAAUGUGAUGGACGACCAGACUGCCUGGACAUCUCUGACGAGAGCUCCUGUCCAACUCGUUACCCAGGGGGCCGCUGGUGCCCAAACAAUCAGUUUCAGUGUGCAAACAAGCUGUGUGUGCAGCAGAACUAUGUGUGUGAUGGCGAAAACGACUGUGGGGACCGUUCCGAUGAGGAGCUCCGCUUAUGUUUCAACAUCUCGUGCGAGAUGCCAUCAAGGUUCCGCUGUGCUAACGGCUACUGCAUCUACUCCGGAAACCUGUGUAACCAGAAGGACGACUGUGGAGAUGGAAGUGACGAAAUGCCGGAUGUCUGCCGAGACCCCACCCUGGCUCCUUGCACACCCCAAGAGUUCAAAUGUGUCAACGGACAGUGUGUGGCUCAGCCUGAUGUCUGCGACCACAUUGACAACUGUGGAGACCUCACUGACGAGAUUGGCUGUAAUGUUGGUCAUAACCGCAACUGUGAGGAGAAACUUUGUCAGCACGUGUGUACUAACCUGAAUGGGACCGGCUUCAUCUGCUCCUGUAGACCUGGAUACAAAGUUGACCCGGACAGCACCUUUAAGUGCAUAGACAUCAAUGAGUGUGAGGGACACGGGACUUGCCCACAGAUCUGCAAGAACACUAAGGGAGGAUACGAGUGUGUGUGUGCCCCAGGGUACCGAAAAGUGGGUAAUGGCAACGAAUGUGAAGCGGAGGGUGCCGGGCCUCUCCUUUUGCUCCCAGAGAAUAUCCGUAUCCAGAAGUUCAACUUGCAGACGGAGACCUUUCAUGACUUCCUGGUGGAACAGGAGCACAUCAUUGCUUUGGACUAUGACUGGGACCAUAACAACACCGGACUCAGUAUGGUGUAUUUCACGGUGGCCGCGAAGGACGACGCUGCCGCCGGUAUCAAGAGGGCAUAUAUACCGACAGUGGAUGAUAACAGCAACAACAUAGCCACCGCCGUGGACCUAGGCAUCAAAUACGUGACCUCACCAGACGGGAUUGCUGUUGACUGGGUUGGCAGGAACCUGUAUUGGGCCGAUUCAACUAUCAAGAGGAUAGAGGUUGCCAUGCUGGACGGGCGCUACAGAAAGCAUCUGGUCAAGACAGACAUCGGCCACCCCUCAGCUUUGGCUGUCAACCCACGAUUGGGGAUGCUGUACUGGGCUGACCGUGGAACUGCAGCCAAGAUUGAGUACUCAUGGUUGGAUGGGCAGCAUCGGAAUGUCCUGGUUCCAGAUGGCCUGGGUUGGCCCACUGGCCUGUCAAUCGACUACGCCAACGGUGACCGGGUGUACUGGUCUGAUGCCAAGGAGAGUCGUAUUGAGUCAGUGUUACCUUCUGGAGAAGAUCGUCGGACAGCACUUUACAUUGACGUGAGGAAACCUUUCAGCAUCAACGUCUUUGAGAAUCACAUUUACUGGAGCACCCAGGAGAAAGGGGAAGUGUUCCGUCAGGACAAGUUUGGCCGUGGCACUAAAAUCAAGCUGCUCACAGCUGGACCCUGGCUUACCCAGAUCAGUGUGUACCAGCAGCAGAGAUACAACUCCAUACGCAUGAAAAGUCCAUGUAAAGGCAUCUGCAGUCACCUGUGCCUGCUCAGACCUGGAGGUUACACCUGCGCCUGCCCUGAGGGAACAAACUUUGUCUCUGGCAGUCAAACUGAAUGUGAUGCAGGUUUUGAACCCCCACCCACCAUGCCCCCUCUAUGCCAGUGUACAAAUGGUGGAACAUGCUACUUUGACGACAGCAAGGCUCUGUGCAUAUGUCCACCAGAAUUUGAAGGCGAAUUUUGCGAGAUUAACGCAUUUGGGGUGGUGGCAUCUUCAGUGGGUAUUGCCAUCGGGGUGACUGUAGCGAUAGUAAUUCUCCUGGGUGGUCUCGUCUACACUGCCCAGAGGAAGUCCAGUAUCAUGGAGACUAUGAGACAUAUCAUGCCUAGUAUGCCCAGCAUGCCAAGCUUCAGAGGUUUCCCGUCUCAAAGUUCUGGGCCAUCAAAGGAGGAGGGGAGUGAACUGGAUUUAAGCCUCAAAGUGGAAAACCUUGAGAACCCUUUGUAUGCUGAACCUGAUGUGGUCCAUGUGGUAGCUGGCCCCGAGCCCAAAGCUGGUGCCACUCCUGCUUACAUGGUCUCAGUCAAGGAGGGGACCUUUGGCAAUGCAGAAUGUUCUUCUGACUCUGGUGAGGUGGUGACUCCCAAAGAACCGGUUGCAGACACAUCACUUAAGUUUAAACUGAUCCCUGACAGCGUCGACAACAGUUUUAUAAAUCCACUGUUCUCUGAUCUCACUCUACCAUCCACACCAACAGACUCCUUCGUCUGAUAUCCACACCACGCAAAUCAGUGGAGGGACAACUGGCCUGAACACUGGACUUAACAGAAAACCAGUAGGACUAACACUGGACUAAACAUAGUCUACCUUAACUUUUAUGUUAUCUGAUACAACAAACAUUUGUAAACAAUUUUACUUUUGUUGACAUCAUAAAAACCUGAAUUUCAAAACACCAGCAAUAGAAGAAGAAUUCAGAGACAUUCCAGGAAGUGAUGCAAUCAUGUGUGAAAGGUACAUGUAGAAAUUACCUUAAAAAUAGCCAGUUUCCAUAUCAGAACAUUCAGCAAACAAUUGUACCAAAUAUUUGAGGGACACAAUUAUAUCAGGAUUUCUAUAAGAAAUAUAUUGUUUUACAUAAGAAAAUACUGUCAAAUGUUAAAUUACAAUCUGUGAUUAACUAUAUUUGUUUAACUGUCAUCAUAUAGUGAAUAAAAAACUGUUAAUUAUUUGAGAAAAUGUCUGUUCAGCUAUUGAAUGAUUCAAGUGUUCCCAGAGGAUCUUUUCAGCAAGGCCUUUGAUUUCUUCAUCCUGUGUAUUGAUCUGUAAAAGUUUAAUUAUCUGUCCGUGAAAUUAUUUGUUAGGAUGAAGGAUAAUAUUGAACAAAUUCAUUGUAAUUAUAGGUCUGUUUAGACCAUAUUUUCUCA